CAAAGUGAUACUGGAUUAAACUAAACAAGCGGGUCAUGUUUGCUUCCAUUACAUCGAGCUCUCAAGAAAGGAAUGAAAGCGUCUGUUGUUCUGUUGCUCUCUUAACUCAGAAAAUACUCAGAAAAAAUUACUCAAUAAAACAGAUUUUUUUUAAAAAUUUGUCAAGUGAAUGCAAUACGCGUCCAUAAAAAUAUAUAUACAUAUAAAUAAAUUAAAAAAUAAAAAAUAAAAAUAAAUAAAUAAAAAUUUUAAAAAAGUAGUAAAUAAAUAAUAAUCACUUCUAUUCAUGACAAAUAUUGAGCGUUCAGUUAUUCUUUACUUUGGUACGAAUAUAGUGUCAAGGUACAUGCCCCACCUCAGGAAAUACUUUUCCGCUCUGUCCUGCAUCCUAUAUGACAUCCUUUCAUAUGCAGCUACUUUACCUAAUUCAGUAACCCUGCAGUCCUGGAAAGGAGGUUCUCCAUGUUUCUUCCAGUUCCUGAGAAUGAUAUGUUGCCCAAUCAUAAUAGCAGUUUGUGUCCAGGAUUUUAGUGGAUAGGGAAAAGCAAACAGCACUUUACAGUCUCCUAACAUAUAUAUAACUUGGAGCAGAGGACAAACUGUCCUUUUACGACACUGACAAUAUAACAGUGAAUCUUCAUCUUAGGGCAUGACCACAUCACAUGCAUCAUUGUACCUUCAUCCACACAACACUUCCAACAAGUAGCUGAAUCUUUUAAACCAAGUCUGAAGAGUCUACUCGGGGUCCAAUAAAAUCGAUGUAGAAUCUUAAAUUGAGUAAGUCUAACCCUCAAGUCCCUUGACAUUGUUCGGGCGUUACCACAAACCUUAGCCCAUUCCUGUUCAUCAGUCUCCUUCCCAGGAAAGUCCCAGGGCUGAGAUCCCUUUCUCCCCCUCACAUUCCAUCAGCAUCCUAUAAUAUUUAGCUGCUUCCUGGCCUUUACCCAGUGUCUGGAGGAUUUUAUCUAACUUUUCUGCUGGCUUUGGGGGGUGCAACCUCGGCCCAUAAGUCACAUCAACACACUUUAGUGUUUUCUGAUUGCUUUGCCUCAGUGCAAUGUGCAAAUCUCCAUGCAAAGAGUCAAACUGACUUUCCAUAUUCUUACCUUUAAAUACAAAAUGCUAAACUUGCAUACAAAAGUCCAAACAUGCUCAGUCCUCAGAACACAGACACCUCAUAUUAGCAAAUGUUUCAAUGUGCUGAGUUUGUGGUCGCUACAGAACAGAAAAGGUAAACUGAUGCAGUGAAGUACUGUCGCAAUCAUCUUUUUACCUGCAGUGUAUUUAGAUUUUGAUGGCAGUACUAACAUUAUACCAUUCUGUGUCAAGUGUUACGCAAAGCUGGCUCACUAUGUGUCAAUCUGCCUGUGCAAACCAUAAUGUGACUGCGCAGCUGCUUCUGUGCAUUUCCUCUCCCUUCCAGCCAUUGCUUUGCAUUUGCAAUCAUGAAUAACCAGUUAUUUAAUCUUCAACAGGUGCUCUGAUCUGCUGUUUGACACGUCUUUCCUCUUUGGCUUCAUGAUCUAAAUCCCUCUUCUCCAUUUCCUCAACCAUCCACUUAAUCCUCUUACCUGAAACAUACCCACAUCUUUUCUUUCACACCCACUCGUGCAUGUAUGAACGCUUUUGUAAACGUCUGGAGUCAUGUGCAGCAUCUACAGUUAACAGAAACUCUCAUGCAGUGCAGCUCACACAGACGUAGAGUAGUUCAAAGAUUAUGUUAUGUUGGUUGAAAGAUUACAGACUUGCAGCAGUUGUGCUCUUAGACACCAGCAGGAGACAAUCCACUUUCAAUCUGCAGGCUGCGUCUGAGCCGGGCUGUCACUCAACAUAUUAUUUGGCAAAAUGAAGUCAAAAUUGAGGUGAUUUGACUUUAUUUAUCAAUAAACAUAGAUUGGACAAGGAUAGCAGGACAAUUACCAAUCAAUUAUAGCAACAAAUUGAUGCUUUUUGCCAUAUUUUAUAAGAAAACUCAUUGAAACGGAGCAUGAACACUGUACUGAACAGCUGAAAGACGCGCACUGAGUUAGCACCUCAUCAAUAAUCACCCCUGCAGAGUUACACUAAUAGCUUGUGCAGAGUCGCUCCCUCCAAUAAUGUCAGGGUGUAAUCCUCACCAGCUAAUGAACAACCAAGUAGGAUUUCAGGUGCAGGGUAAACCUCGACCUGUUGCCCCACCACACUACACUGUAGCAACAAGAACCAGGAGGGGAGAGUCGGACACUUUGAAGAAAGGAAGUGUCUUCAAGACCCUGAUAGGACAGAAAUGAUCUCUGUUUGUUCUGGUUGAUGGACGAACACAGAGCAAAGAAGAGAGAAAGAUACAUGCUGGAUGCUGGAUGUUGGAUUUAAUUUACAGUUCUCAAGUCCUCAUUUGAUUCCCGUCUACAGCAAGAAAGAGCGACCAAGGUGCAGCCAUGGACAUCGGUGGCUUGGAGACAGUGGUGGCAAACUCUGCCUACGUUUCAGCCCGUGGCAGCGUGGAUGGAGCUGCAGCAGCUGCCAUGCGCGACAAGAAGAUGCGUGCCAGGCUGAAGCUCCCACACAUCAGAGACUGUGAACACAUGAAAACAUCCAUAGACUCGACCUUUGACAGCAUGUGUGUCAAACAGCCCAUCGGCAAGCGCCUGUUCCAACAGUUUCUGGUGGGUGACGCCACCCAUAAAAAUGCUGGAGAGCUGUGGAAAGACAUUGAAGACUACACCGUCAGCCAAGAGAAGGACAGAGUGCAGAAGGCCCAGAAAAUUGUCAAUAAAUACUACAAGUCAGCUUCAAAGAAUUUUUGCAGCUUCCUGGAGGAGAAGGCCGUCACCCGGGUUGUCGAAGACUUCAAGAACGUCCGUGGUGACCUGUUUAAAGAGAGCGAGCAGCAGCUGCUCAAACACCUGGAGAAGAAUGCCAUAGAUGGCUUCAAGAACAGCAUGUACUUCCUGCGCUUUGUUCAGUUUAAAUGGAUGGAGAGCCAACCUUAUGAUGAGGAGUGGUUCAUGGACUUCAGGGUCCUGGGUAAAGGAGGUUUUGGGGAAGUGUUUGCUUGUCAUGCUAAAGCAACAGGCAAAAUGUAUGCCAACAAGAAGCUGGACAAGAAGAGGCUGAAGAAACGCAAAGGCUACGAGGGAGCAAUUGUGGAGAAGCGCAUCCUUGCAAAAGUUCACAGCCGCUUCAUUGUGACGCUGGCUUACGCCUUCCAGACCAAGACUGACCUCUGCCUAGUUAUGACCAUCAUGAAUGGUGGAGACCUCAGGUUUCAUAUGUAUAAUGUGAAUGAAAAGAAUCCUGGCUUUGAUGAAAAGAGAGCGUGUUUCUAUACAGCUCAGAUCAUCUGUGGGUUGGAGCACCUUCACCAGCACAGAAUCAUCUACAGAGACCUCAAACCAGAGAACGUACUGCUGGAUGAUGCAGGACACGUCCGCCUGUCAGAUUUGGGUCUGGCUGUUGAACUUCCACCAGGAAAAGACACAACUACUGGAUAUGCAGGAACUCCAGGUUUCAUGGCUCCAGAGCUGCUCCAGAAGAAGCAAUACGAUUACUCUGUGGAUUAUUUUACGCUGGGAGUCACCCUGUUUGAGAUGAUUGCCGCCAAAGGGCCCUUUAGAGUACGAGGAGAGAAGGUGGAGAAUGACGAGGUAGCUCGCAGAAUCUUAAAUGAUCCUGCUUCAUAUACACCAGCUUUCAGCAAAGACUGCAAGGACUUCUGUGAAGGCCUGCUGAUGAAGGAUCCAGCAAAGCGCCUCGGGUUUAAAGAUAAUAAUUGCGAUGAGCUUAGGAAUCAGCCCUUCUUCAAAGAGAUUAACUGGGGCCGAAUGGAGGCAGGUAUGCUACCUCCACCAUUUGUACCGAGUGCUACGAUGGUCUAUGCCAAAGAUAUUGACGAUGUGGGCGCCUUCAGCACGAUCAAAGGUGUGGUCCUGGAUAACAAGGACACUGAGUUCUACAAUGACUUUGCUUCUGGCAACAUCCCAAUCCCCUGGCAGGAGGAGAUGAUCGACACAGGUGUGUUUGGAGAGUUGAACAUCUGGGGAGAAAACGGCAAGCUGCCCAAUGACCUCGACCCAAACUUUGUGGAAGCCAAAGGUGGAGGCUGUGUGCUGCUUUAAGUUGCAACAGAUGGAAUAUUUAUUGAAAUCAUACACAUUUAGGUUCAGUAUGUAUUCAAUUGGUGCCACUUCAUUCUAAUCUGUAUUAUCUGUAAUUUGUACAAUACACUGUUAUUGUUGUAAUGAUUGAAGAUAAUUUGUGUAUUUCUAUACCAAGAUAUAAUUAUUAUGUUCCCCUAUUGUGCUAUUUAUAGUGUUAAUGUUAAAGUGGCAGCAUGGUAAAACAUAUUUGAAAUAUUAUGUAAUAAAAAAUGUAAAUAUGGUUAAGUUAUUAAGUUAUAUAAGUUAUUUUGUAUAGAAACUCCAUGCAAUAUUUAUAUAAAUUAUUUUGACUAAAGAAAAGCAACUGUAUUAUCUUUAUUAUUUAUUUAUGUACAUAUUUAUUUAUUCAUCAUAUAAGAAAUGGCAUUUUAGUUAUUAUUAAGGCAAACAUUGUAGGCAGAGGACUUGAAAGCAAUCAAUAAAAUCUUCCAAAG